AUGUCAAAUAAAAAUAUUUCAAAAUGCCUAUCCUCCAGAGAUUUCUUUGUUAUUGCAAAUGCUAACGAGGACUAUGGCAUUUCGUAUUCUCAAUUCUCAUCUAUAUGCCCAGCCAUUCUACAACAAGUUCUGAGCAAAGCUUGUAAAAAUGAUACCAAGUAUGUUACUACUACUCCUCCUCCUUCUUCCAACAACGUGCCAGAUCCUUUACAAGUGUGGGGAUUCGGCGUUCUAUUUUCAACAAUUAUUUGUUUGGGAUCUGUCAUCGGAGCUGCUAUACUGCCUUUCAUGAAUGGAGCAACGUAUAAGAGAGCGAUGAUAUUUAUGAUAGCACUCGCUGUCAGUACUUUAUCUGGAAACGCUGUAUUACAUCUCAUACCGAGC